UUGACUGCUGGUCCUGAAAUCAGCUCACAGCUCGGAUACAAAACCAGGAGCGUCGCUGUUUGAGCAGCUUAGUUCUCCCGAAUCUGCUCCUUCAUUGCACCUUCUGCUGUGCGCCUGAACUUUUUCUUUUUUUUUCUUUCUUUUUUUUAAAUCAUUUACUGACUGUUACAACUUACCAAAAGCAGAGAAGCAGCUUUGGAUCACGCUCUCAUAUUGUUUUCCUGCCCACAUUGCUCUCUCGCUGUGACUGGUGUCAAAGGUGAUGGUGUCAUUUUCUAACAGAGGACUCCUCCUCAGGUGAUGGUAUGUCUUUUUGGAGAUAGGCACCGCUUCUGGAAACGUGCUAGAUUUUGUUGUAACUGUUACUUUUUCCGCUGCCACCUUCGCUUUGGCUCAAGCAUGGCUCUCUACUCUCGGUUUGUGGUCGUGCUGCUCUACGGAUGGACUUAUCUGUGCGUGGGAUACUGCGCGAUGCUGAAAACAGACAAUUUCCCCGAGAGACGAAAGGUGGAUUUUACGCAUUCGGUGGAUAAAAAGCAGCCCACGAAAGACGACCAGGAUCUGCUUUUACAGGAUACAAUGACGGAACACAUGCAGAUGCUUUACACGAAGUACAACCGGGCUGGAUUUCCCUUUAAGGACGGCAACACUGUCCGCAGCUUCAAAGCGCACUGGGGUACAAUCAACAAGAAGCAGCUGCAGAUUUUCAACCUCACCUCCCUCACCAAGUCAGAAGACGUUCUGUCAGCCACUCUUCAUUAUUACAUCGGAGACCUUCAGAACAGCACCCAGGCCUGCUCCAGGCCCAAAAGCUGCGGGCGCCACGGCCCCCGGAGGCACAGCCACAUCCACAUGGUCAUCUGGAGCUUCGCCUCCGUGGAUAACAAGAUGAGGACUCUUGGACACUUUCGGAUCAAUGUAUCUACCCUCUACAGGGAUUUCAUAUCUUGGCAGUGGAAGGACAUAACUCGUGUGGUCAACCAGGCCAAGAACCAUGACGAGCUGCUCAUUGGGAUUGAUGUGACCUCACAAGGGCCCCAGCCGUGGAAGAAGCUCCUGUCAGACCGCUCACCUUACAUCCUGGUCUACGCCAAUGACUCUGCCAUUUCAGAGCCUGAAAGUGUGGUAGCCACUCUCCAGAGGCACCACCCGGUGGGAGGGGAAGGCUCCGUAUCACACAGCUUCCAGAAACUGGGGCUGAAUGAGCAAAAUGACACCGAACAAGAGCGGCCGCAGCCCCGACAAAAGCGCUCGGUGAACGUUUUGCUCCCGUUGCAAAACAAUGAACUUCCUGGCCCCGAGUACCCAUACGAGACGACAGGGUGGGAUGAGACAAGUCCAUAUGAGCCUUUUGAAAACAAGCAGGCCCGCCGGCCACGUAAAAAGACACGCAAGAAUCAACGGCACAAGAUGCCCCUCCUGCAGUUCGACGAGCAAACGAUUAAAAAGGCGCGAAAGAAGCAGUGGAACGAGCCCAGGAACUGCGCUCGGAGAUACCUGAAAGUGGACUUUGCCGACAUUGGAUGGAGUGAAUGGAUUAUAUCACCGAAGUCGUUUGAUGCCUACUACUGCUCAGGGUCCUGCCAGUUCCCGAUGCCAAAGGCUCUGAAGCCCUCUAACCACGCCACCAUCCAGAGCAUAGUGCGGGCAGUAGGCGUCGUCCCGGGCAUCCCUGAGCCGUGCUGUGUCCCAGAGAAGAUGUCUUCCCUCAGCAUCCUCUUCUUUGAUGAGGACAAGAACGUGGUGCUGAAAGUCUACCCCAACAUGACUGUAGAUUCUUGCGCCUGUAGAUAGUUUUUUUUCCCCCUUCAAUGCCUGUUAACAUAAAACUCAUGUCAUUUAUAAAAGUAAAGAAAAAAAAAAAUCAACACAUGCAGCCAGAACGACACUCUCUCCUCCUGUUUCUGUAGUCAGACACUCAUUCACUUACAAACACCCAUCGAACGCAACGUAGUGUUGCACUGGAGGAGAGUGCCUCCUGUUGUUCCAGGUGAAGAGGAGGUUGAACAGGAAGGAGUGGAUCGUGUGAGUUACCUUAGCGGAAGAUACCUGGAAUGUCUCCAUGCUCCAAUUUCACCAGCAGCUCCACUGAUUACCUUUAUGUCUUCAUCAUCUCUGCUCAGUUGUCCAUCGGGUGAUAGCAGGGUUAAGAAGAUCAAAAACUGACUUUCAAGAUAUAAAAAUACCAACAAAGCGUAAGAGAGACAACAACUGAAGAAAAAAAACAAAAGAUCACUUUUCAGGAAAAAACUGAUUCCUCCGGGGGGGUCACUCUCAUCUUUCUCUCCUUCAUAGCUUGAAGUUGUCUUCGGUCACCACCACAAAGUCAGACUCGCACUUGCAUGGUUUUUGUUACUAUGUGUAUGUAUUUAUGUCUGUACUAUCACUGUGUUAUUCACUAUAUGAGAAGUCAUUGUAUAAUUAUUGGCUUGGCUGCUAUAGAGAGAUAUAUUAGAUUCCAAAGCCAGAAUUAUGAUGUAGGCGGUACAGUAGAUAGCCGUACAUAUCUGUGUUUAGAUCACUGCUCCAUCGUUGUACAGAACCCACAUUUUAAGAGUUUAUUAUAUGUGAGAGAGUAAGCUACUUUUCAUUUGUGGUCUUCAUUAACAUUUGAAAUGGGGAGUUUUUUUGUGGAGACCCAUCAUGCCAUUUCUUCGCCAAGAAAAUGUUCAAGCUUUACAAAAUAACAGAAAUCAAUCAUACAGAUUUAAUUUUGAUAGAUAAAGGGAUAAAGCAUAUCAAAAGGAGAAACUACUACGUUGGACCAGGGCCAUCACCAGUUAAGCCAAAGUACUCAGAAAGCCGCUUGAUGCAUGUGUGGAAACUUUGAUUGAAACCUUUGCCGGACCUGAUAAGUUAAGAAAGAAAUCAAAUAAGUCAUUCAGGCAUCAAAGAUUUAUACUGGUGGUUUUAAUGAGCUUGACAUCAGGCUUAACUUUCUUUAACGUUACAAACAUGUGGCCUUUACAUUGUGUUUGAAAUUGUGUUUUGUAUUAACAGCAUAGAAUACAUUUUUGAGAGAAAAAAAAACAUUAUAAACUACCAGAAUACUUCUAGAAAUCUGUUUUUAUCAAUUAAGAUAUCAACAAAGUCAGUAUGAAGUCACUAUACACUGCUGGUCUGGAAUCAGUUUUGCCUUACUGCUCAAAAUACAACUUCAUAUGUGAAAAAAGUAGUAGAUGGCCAUUUGUGGCUCCAGAUGAAGGCUGCAUGUGAUUGGAUAAAUUGCCUCUAGUGAUGUCAAGCAGUGGCUUAAUUCCACUGUGGGUAAUGUAGGCGCUAGGUUUUGAAACGGAAGAAGAAGGUAUGGUAUAAAAAAGCAGAUAUCGCUGGUUCUGCUUGAUUUAAAUCUUUUGUUUUUAAACUGUCCAGAAUAAGUCCAAUAGUGUUAUAAGAAUGCAAUGAAUAACAGUGGACUGCCUUUGAAAACAUGCCGCCUACAUCACCCACAAUGCUACAUAGCCAUUUAGUGACAUCACUGGGGGGAUUUUUGACAUUAGAUGCAGCUUCCCCUGGAACCACAAAAGGCUUUAUGCAAUUUUUUUCACAUUUGUAGUUGUGUUCCUCAAGACCUGCAAAAAAGCUAAAUGUGCAAAAUUAGAGUUAUCCUUUAACUGAAAAGCAGAUUUUCCUAAAAGGUUGAGAUGGUAUAAAAUGUGACUUUCACUUUGAUUUCAUGUUUUUCUCCAUCUGAACUUGGUUUCAGCUCCAAAAAACCUUUUGGUUCUCUGUUGGCAAGGACAGCUCUAAGGUUUCUGCUGGAACGUGAUGAAGAUGAAAAUAGAGAGGACACAUCAGUGAACAUUAUGCACCAGUCUCUCAAAAUGGAAAACAUUGGGCUGCCGGUAUUUUAAAACCUAGAUUUCAUCCAUAUUUUAUCAUUGGCAUGCCAUUUUUUUAAAACCAAAACUGAUGAGCAACACUAUAAUAUAUUGAAUGAUCAGGGAGAGCUGAUCUGUAUUCCUGGGUCGCAUAAGCCUUUAAUAUUACUGUACAGAGUAUAUUUCACAUGAAUCAUUAAGGGCGUGUUUGAUCACAUGUACUUUGCAUCAGGUCAACAUUGAACAAAAGGCACACCUGGAGGAGCAGUUAACACGUCAUACUUGCUUUGGGUUGUGCAUUAUUGUCAGAGUUCAUUAAACCAAAUAUUUAUUCAGAGCAAAUAGACUGAAAUAUAGCAGCAAACUUUUUUUUCUAUAGACUUGUACAUUGUUCUUGUAUAUAGCUCACUACUUGUCGAUGACAUUCUAAUGUGUCUUUGAGAUAGAAGUGCCUUUUUGAAUGAGUGGAUUUCUGCCUUUCAAAAACUUUGAUUUGAAUCAUCGCCUGUUCAGAGAGGCUCAGUCAUUCAUAGAACUGAGCUCAGUUUGCGAUUAAGCUGAAGUCAAAGCGUAAGCAGAGAGUAGUUUUUUAUGGUACAAAAUAGUCUACAGUGAGUGAACAUAGUGCUUAUUAUUUUGGUAAGUAUGAUCACCAGUGGAAUUUAUUCUAAAAUGUAUUUCAGAUAAUUCACUAUUUUGAUAUUUCAGAGACAUUUAUUUUGUGUCAAUAGCUAAGGGCAGAUUUUUUAACUUUAUAUAUUUUGUACUGACACUUUUUCCAGUUUGUGCCUCCUCAUCUUGUGCCAAUACAGAUUUUAGCAAUUUAUGCUAUAGACUGGACUGGCUUUGUGCCAGUACAACAUUGCAGACAUGACAACUGCUUAUGAGUAAUUUUUUUGGACCUUUGCUUUUGCUGCAUUUGAGAGUCGACCCACUUCUAAACUUCACUAAUGUCUUUUGGAGUGCAAGUAUCCAGUAUACAGUGCAGUGUAUCAGCAGUUUACUCAACUCCACUGUUCGAUCCUAUCUUGUAAAUGUUAUGCUGUAGGUAAAAAAAGGAAAUGCUUGUACAAUAAGCUUCAUAAAAUAUAUUUGUAUAUGGAAAUGACCUUUAACAUGCAUCUAUUUAUUUUCUGAUUGUUGCAUAUGUUGCAGAGGUGUGGCCAGGGGAGGGGAGGGGUCAAGCUCGGACACGUUGAUGGUCUUUAUAUCUGUGAUGGACAGUUGUCACCUCUGAUGUGAAAGUGUGGUAAGCUGUUUAUGGUUGCCCUCCCCAUCCGAGCUCUGACCACCUCUACACGGCAUUCAAAGAAAUGAAUAAAAGUAUGCAAGACUCA